AUACGCUAUAUGCGAUACAGACAUGCGUUCAGUACAGUGUUUUCAAUCGUAAAUCGAAGUUCCGAAAUAUGAGGUUGCAGGUAGUUUAAACAGAGGAUUUGCAAUAAAUUUGAUCUCUGCAAUAAAAAACAAAUUUGCUUCACCUAGUUCACGGGCUGAAAACGAUAAAUUGAAACAGCGUGUAACAAGCGGCAAUACUUAUCUGUCUUUAUUAUUUCUUUUUCUACUAGUGUUGUGAUAAUUCAGCAGAAUAAAAAUUAUUAACGAUCCUGAUUUAUCUCGCAAUAUGGCAUCGCGAUUCAGUGGAGCUUUGCAAUUAACAAAUUUAGAUGAUUUCAUCACUCCUUCACAGGAAUGCAUCAAACCGAUGGAAAUCAAGAAAAACAAGGCAAAACCUGGAUCAAAAAUAAAAAUUCAAGAUGAUGGAUCUUACAUGGAAAUCUUAGAAGAUGGUCCAUUAACUAAAUUGCAAAAAGUAGAAAUCACAUUAGCAGAUUGUUUAGCUUGCAGUGGCUGUAUAACUUCUGCAGAGAGUGUUCUUGUUACUCAGCAAAGUCAAGAAGAAUUAUUAAGGGUAUUCCAAGAGAAAUUGGAAAAGCAAAAGCAAGGUGAAGACAAUACUAAAUUUAUAGUGGUAAGCCUAUCCAUUCAACCAAUUUUGUCCUUGGCUGAAAGAUACAAAUUAAAACCAGAAGAUACAGCUCAAAAGUUGGCCGGUUACUUCAAAAGUGUGGGUGCUGAUAUGGUGUUGGAUAUGACUAUAGCAGAGGAUUUUUCAUUGAUUGAAUCUGCCAAGGAAUUUGUUGAAAGAUACAAGGCUGCAAAGGAGGACUCAAAAAAUCAAUUACCAAUGCUUGCAUCUUCCUGCCCAGGAUGGGUUUGUUAUGCUGAAAAAACUCAUGGAAACUUCAUUCUUCCAUAUAUCAGUAUUACUAAGUCCCCUCAACAAAUUAUGGGAUCUUUAGUUAAAUAUCAUCUUGCUCAUGUAAAAGGUCUAUCACCAGAGCAGGUCUAUCAUGUGACACUCAUGCCUUGUUACGAUAAGAAACUGGAAGCUUCAAGAGAAGACUUUUACAACAAUUUAAAAGAAACUCGAGACGUAGAUUGUGUUAUUACUGCAAUUGAAGUGGAACAAAUGCUAAUACAACAAGAGAAAUCGUUAUCAGAUUUCGAUAACGCUACAAUUGAAAGACCUUUUCAGUUUCAAGAGAAAAAUGAUAGUAUCUUAUUAGGUCAUCAAGGCUCGGGUUCAGGUGGAUACGCCGACUUCAUAUUUCACUAUGCGGCUAAGAAUUUAUUCCAAGAAACUAACGCAAAAUUAGAAUACAAAAGCUUGAGAAAUCCAGACUUUCAGGAAGCUGUUUUGGAAAAAGAUGGCGAAGUGCUUCUAAGGUUCGCUGUUGCAAAUGGAUUUAGAAAUAUACAAAACCUCGUGCAGAAAUUGAAACGCGGAAAAAGUCCUUACGAUUACGUGGAAGUGAUGGCUUGCCCAACAGGCUGCUUGAACGGUGGAGCUCAGAUAAGGUCACAAGACGGUACACAACCAAGAGAGUUAGCCCGAAAACUCGAAAAUGAGUAUUACAAACUUCCUAAAAGUGAUCCUGAAAAUAAUACAGUUAUUACGGAACUGUAUAAAUCGUGGCUGGAAGGCGAACAUUCUGACAAAGCUGAAAAUUAUCUUCAUACAAAGUACCAUGAAGUUGAGAAAAUGAACGCUACUGUUUCUAUAAAGUGGUGACAUGUUAAACGCUUA